AUGUUGAGAGCAGGACAGCCACUCCCAAGCGUGGUUCUUCGUCGUAAUCUUUCGCAGACUUUGAGAGCGAGCCAAGGAAACCCACGGUCUCCAUUGCAAAUCUUCCGGGAAACUUUCAAACAGGAAUGGAAGAAAUCGCAAGAGCUUCAGGACAACAUCAAAGCACUGCAGGAUGCUUCCGGUAAGUUGGGGGAGUCUGAGGCUUACAAGAAGGCUAGAGAGGCAUAUUUGGGAGCUCAGAAGGGCUCGACAGUUGUGGGGAAAGCUUUAAAGAAAACUGGUGAUGCCGUUGAAAAAGUGGCCAGUAAUGCUUGGGACUCGGAGAUCGGUAAAAGUACAAGAACAGCAGUCAACAAGACCGCUGCGAGGCUGGACGAAUCGUUUGAGCCCGUGAGGAAAACGCAGGUGUACAAAGAUAUGUCGGAGGUGAUGGAUAGCGAGAAUAGCUCACGCUACGGUGGGUUUGCAUCGAAAGAGCAGAGAAGAUUGAAGCUUGAACAGGAUAUAGCAUCUGGGAAAAGGCCAAAGGCCGUGAGAAGUAACGAGGAGGCCGGUACUGCAUUGGUGGCUACCAACAUCGAGGCCAAAGAAUCUCUUGGUAAAAAAGUGGAUGACUUCAAAGAAAAAACCGUUGUGGGCAGAAAAUUGCAGGAAGCCAAGAACAAGCUUUGGGACGAAAGUGAAAACCCUCUGAUAGUACUUUUGCGUACCAUCAGCGGCAAAAUCGGCGGACUUUUCGCCGAAACGGAGUCGGCCCGUGUGAUGGGCCAGUUCAAAAUGAUGGAUGCCAAUUUUAACAGCGAAGCAUUUAUGAAUCAUUUGAGAGAAUACGUGAUACCUGAAGUUCUCGAAGCCUACGUCAAGGGAGACGAGAAGGUUCUCAAAUUGUGGCUCAGUGAGGCACCUUUCAACGUGUAUGCUGCCCAGCAGAAAGUUUUCCGGGAACAGGGUCUUUUCGCUGAUGGACGUAUCUUGGAUGUGAGAGGCGUGGAUAUCGUGAGUGCCAAAUUGUUGGCCCCUCAGGACCUGCCCGUUUUGGUCGUGGGUUGCAGAGCGCAGGAAAUCCACUUGUACCGGAACGUUAAGACAGGUGAGGUGGCCGCUGGUACUCAAUCCAAUAUCUUGAUGAGCUCUUACGCCAUGGUAUUCACUAGAGACCCUGAAAACAUAGAAGACAAAGAAACAGAAGGUUGGAAAAUCUUGGAGUUCGUCAGGGGUGGCUCCAGACAGUUCACAUGA